GCAAUGUACCGUAUUUGCCCUAUGGCAGCCCUCUCUCAGUUCUCUACAACCAACUUCUGCCUCGCUUUGGUAUCCAACCAUAACUUGGACCGGUGCUGAGCUUGCUUUGCAGGGCUACAUUUUGAAUUCUUCACGACUGUCAACAACUGCUGAAUCAUGAGUUACAUGAUAGCACCAGCACACCCAGUCGACCCACCAGUCUUCCUUCAACCUAGGCCACUCGCUCUAUAUCCAGGAAGCUUUGUUCUUCUUCCUCUACUUCCAAAGCGACCGGCACUGAAGCCACUUCCUGCGGAGCUAUGGUCGAAGGUGUUCACGUUCGUGUUCAUGGGAGAGCAGGGUCGGAAGGUGGAUGCAACGGAACGGAGGAGGGUAAUGAGAUCGAAUUGGAAGAUCAUGUUUGUGUGCAAGCGUUGGAUGGACAUUGCACUCCCACUGCUUUACGCGCAUGUCUUCGUCUUCAGUCGCUCAUCGCUACAAAAAUUGGUAUCUCACCUCUACAAUUCCGACCAGAAAUGGGACUCCAUACGGCGCAUCCCGUACUCGACCCCAGGCCGAUGGGUACAGUCUCUCGACGUAUCAGAACUUACCACCGUCGACGCCUCGGAUGGGUUUCGAAUCGAUUCUCUCCUCACAGUCUUGUUUCCGCUCUUGCCCUCCCUGACGCAUCUGAUCCUCAACCCAGGAACUAUGCUCAGUCAUCGUGCAUUGAAUGCUCUACGACUUAAAGACGGAGUCGAGAAGUUGAAGACGUUGAAGGGAUUAACGUUUCCGCCGGGCGAGCGUCGCGCUCUCUCCCCACAUGCUCAUGGCCCGGUCUUCGAGCUGUUACAGUGCUGCGAACGGUUAGAAGACCUAGAGCUUAUAUCGACCUACGAUGAAUCACAUAACGCAGGGACUCUCGACGACUACCUGGGAUCAGCAGAGGCUAUUCCCCCACUCCGCUUCCCAAAUCUUCAUAGCCUGUCUUUGAUCUCCAUCCCCUUCAGCGCCAUUCUUCAAAUAUUUCUGAAUAGCCCAUGCGCCUCGCUCCGUUCACUUCUUCUUACACCAUCCACGUCCCCAUCGAGCAUUGUGCCUCUCCUGACUAAUCUCGGUUCCACUCUGACCUCACUCCAUCUUUCCACACCUCUACAUCAUCUCACCCCCGCUCCUGUACCCGUCCAAACAAACGUCCCAACUCCUAUCCUCACACAUCUUCCAACCCAAAUAACCCCCCUCCUCACACUAACGCCCUCCCUCCAACAUCUCUUCCUCGACUUCCCCCUCCCCACCUUCCUCCUCCCACUCCUCCCUCCCGGGUCCUCACACCGCAACCUCAAGAUCCUGACUAUACCGCGGCCUAAUACGGGAUUGCUCACGGAGGUGGAGACGAUGAGUGGGUUGAGGGGUGGGGAUGGAUUGAGUGGAUUAAAGGUUGUGAGGAUGAGGAGCGUGAGGUGGUUGAGGAAGGGGGUGGGAGGUCAGGCGUUGGAGGCGGGGUACCAGGGGGAGAUGAAGAGGUGGAGGAUUCGGUUGGGGAGGAGGGGAGUGGGGGUUGUGGAUAUGGACUGGAAGGGACCUGAUGUGUAAAUUCAAGGUAGAGGGCGAAGGGAUCUUGGCUGAGUGUAAGAAAUUUCAUGUGGAAUCCGAUUAUUUCUCUUCGUGGUGUUGUUGUUGUACGACUUAUGUAUUUCUUUUGCUCUUCCUUUUCAAUCUGUUUUCUUAUCACUUUUUCGUUGACACGG